CUUUCAGAACACUUCGUUCAUUCCUCGCCGCUGCGUGCUGCAAGCCGCCGCUGCUGCUGGGUUAAGCUCGUGUAUUUUUAUCCUGCGCGAGUUACAUCAGUGGAAGCGGACGCGUGGAUGUACGAACGGCACACUGGCAUUUGUCAGUGCACGGAGAGGUAUCUGUGGUAGUCGUAGAGUGCGCCGUGCGAGCGACCGCAUCGGUUUUACGCACAGCAUCUGUCCGUCGUGAUGCCUCCCCUGCCUUCCUCCGCGCUCUCAAAGUGAGUGGGACUCGGCGUGCGGAAUGCAUUGCCUCGCCUGAGCGGUCGGCAACGAACAACGCAGAGAGAUCGCGACGGGGGGGGGGGGGGGGCGAGGAGGCUCGCGGACGCCGACUUGACGGACGAUGACGGAGGCAGAGAGGAGGCGAAGUGCGGCCACCGCAUCCACUCCCCGCUCGGUCGCCCAUUGAUGCUGCUGCUGGCUACGCGGUGCGCCGUGGCGGAGUCCUUUUGAAAGGCAGUAUCUAUUGAUAUCGCACGUUUUUAUACGCCGGCCGCUUUGAAGUGUGUUCAUAAAUAGCGCAUGACAAAAAAAAUCACCCCCCCCCCUCUCUUCCCCCCGCUGCCCACCCCAUGAAGAUAUAACACCGUAGCGAGGAGUGGUAUUUGAUGGCGCAAAGCGAGUACAGCCGUUUGGCCACUCCACCACCAGUGGCCCUGCCGUCGAUGACCGCGACUUCGUGAUCCCGUGGAAGACGCGACGGAAGAAGGGGAGCGACGCGGUGGUGAUGGUGGUGGAUGGGCAGAGCGGGGCAUGUGACUGCUGCUGUGGCUGGGGAUCGUGCGAUGCUCUGACGAUGCGGGCUGCCACACGCUGUGCCGCGCGCGUGCAACAACAGUGACGACGACGAGUGGCACCACCGCUCGCACCGAAUCGAGAGACCCGCGGCGAAGGUGUUGAAGUGACACUGCCCGCGGCGCGCGAGCACGCGAUGCGACGCAGCGUCCGCGAUGACUCCUCAAGGCAAUUUGCUUCUAGAAGAUCCUCGUACUAAAUGCGCUACAAGUGGAACCCAAUUAUUGACACCCCCUUCCUCCCACCCUCCAACCCCCCACGAGAGCUAGAGUCAACGGUUGCCGCUAUGCACGGCACGCGGGUGUAGAAUGGUAGCAGAAGCAGCGGCAGCAGCAGCAGCAGGAACCUCCCAACCUUCAGCAUGGAGAACAGCGAAGCGAACAGCAGCGAAGGGCGCAACGGCCGAAAGGUCUCCACUGCCUCGAGCCAUUCCAGCGAGGGCGGAUCUCCCGAUCGAGUUGAGGGCGGCGGCUGGGCAGGAGGAGGAGGAGGUGGAGGAGGAGGUGGUGGAGGAGGUUUCGGCGGCGGCUGUCCGUUCAGCCGCUUUGGGAGGCUGCAGGCCGGCCCACCUGUGGCUUCCGGAGCGACGUCUCCCGGACCCCGCUCGGCCGCCGCGCGCAGACCCGUCAAUUUGGACGUGUUGGGAGAGUGCAUUCGCAAGAUGGUGUGUCCCACGGCGGACACUUUGAGAGAAGCAUUGGAAAGGACGCUGCAGUGCUACGCAGAGAACCGCCGAGAUUGCUCCGCAGGAAGCAAUAACUGCGCGGGCGCCGGAGAUCGGCCCACUUUGCUUCACGGUGGAUUUUCAGACCUCGAGGGCCAAGAGGACCUCCUUCCGACUCUCCAGUCACUCGCCUCGUUUCUGAGUACGUACGAUGUGAGUUCCGAGGGCUUCCAGGAGAAGUUUGGCGAGGAGCUGUUCGGGAUUUGCUUCGAGGAGAACGAGCGCAUCCUGCGUGCGGUGGGCACCACGCUGCAGGACUUCCUCAACAGCCUCGACGCGCUGCUGGCCCAAGGCCACGUGAGGCCCCACGGCGGCUCCACGACCUCCGAGGGCCCCUCGCCGGCCUCCGACGCGACCCCCGUCCCCUACUUCUGCUGCACGGAGCUCGUUCCCCACGACCCCGGCGGAGACGACGCCGCCGCCGCCGCCGCCGGGCCCUCCGACUCGGGCCUGCUGCUGCACUGCUUCCAGCCCAACGCCGUCGUAUCCGCGGCGCUGCCGGGCCUGCUGCGGGCGUCGAGCGCUCGCCUCUACGGCGCGGACGUGUCCGUGGAGCGGCUAGAGCGCGCCGAGUGCGAGCGGCGCCGCUGCUUCUGCCGCGACGGCGGCGGCGGCGGCCCCGCGGGGGACGACCGCGUCGCGGCCUUCGCCAUCCGGAGCGGCGACGGGCGCCCGGCGCGGGGCCUGCGCUCGUGCCGUCCGGCCGUGUCGAGGUCGCCCGGCGACCUUCGCGUCGACCUGGCGACCUUCUGCAAGGUGUUCCCCUUCCACGUGAUGCUCGACCGCGGCCUGCGUCUCCUGCAGACGGGCGAUGGCGUGCGGAGGCUGCUGCGCGACGCCCAGCCCGGCGCGCUCUUCCACGACCGCUUCCGAGUGCUGUCCCCGCCGGCGAUGCGCGACUGCUCCUUCGCCGGGGUUCUCCGCCGCCUCAACACGCCCUUCGUGGUGCGCACGCGGCGCGACGGGGCCGACGCCAAGGUGAUGGAGCUCAAGGGGCAGAUGGUGUUCGUGGCCGAGUCGGACGCGCUGCUCUUCCUGGGCUCCCCGUGCGUCGACAAGCUGGAGGAGCUGGUGGGCCGAGGCCUGCACCUGUCCGACAUCCCUGUGCACGACGCGACACGCGACGUCGUGCUUGUCGGGAAGCAGGCUCAGGCCCAGGACGGCCUCCGCAAGCGUCUUGACAAGCUCAAGGAAACCCUGGAGCAGACGCGGCGCGCGCUCGAAGAGGAAAAGAAGCGCACGGUGGAUCUGCUCGACUCCAUCUUCCCGGGCGACGUGGCGCGCUGCCUCUGGCAGGGCCUCGCCAUGCCCGCGCGCAAGUUCGAUGACGUCACGGUGCUCUUCUCUGACAUCGUCGGCUUCACGGCCAUCUGCGCGCAGUGCACGCCACUGCAGGUCAUCGGCAUGCUCAACGCGCUCUACACCAAGUUCGACCACCAGUGCGGGCUGCUCGACAUUUACAAGGUGGAGACGAUCGGAGACGCGUACUGCGUGGCGGGCGGUCUGCACAAGCCGAGCGCGGAGCACGCCCAGCGGGUGGCCUGGAUGGCCCUGCGCAUGAUCGACCUGGCGCAGAAGGUGCUCACGCCCGACGGAGAGCCCAUCAAGAUGCGGAUCGGGCUGCACUCGGGUCCCGUGCUGGCCGGCGUGGUCGGGGUCAACAUGCCGCGCUACUGCCUCUUCGGGAACAACGUGGCGCUCGCAAACCGCUUCGAGGCCGGCAGCCUCCCGUGCCGCGUGAACGUCAGCCCCACGACGCACCGGUGA